GAGAUAUCGACAGCAUUUGAUUCGUUUGGGGGGAAAAAAUGAACAUCAUCGUUUCUGCUCCAUCCACAUAAAUCUGAUUGGUCACUUAGAAACACUUUCCCCACACCAUAGGCCCAGAGAUGUCAUGGGAGGGGCUGGGAAUAUAUCCCUCCGCCCACACUGUCUUUGUUGUCGUUGGUACUGUGGCUUUUGGUGGUGUUGUAACGCAGAAGACGACCAUCUAGCCUGGUACCCCUUUCGCAGUAGCGAAAGCACUUUCUCAGCGGAGGAGAGUGAAUCUGCGACGGGGAGCACGGAUUCACGGACUUCAAUCAUGGCUACCGAAACGACAUCGUCCUGUACUGGCUCCAAUUUACUGCAGCCCAUAAGCGAGAUAAUCAAUCUUCCGCUAGACCAGGUGAACUUUGUGGUGUGCCAGCUGUUUGCCCUGCUCACAGCCUUGUGGUUCCGUCUCUAUCUCCACCCCAGUAAGGCCAGUCCUUUCAUCAGGCAUGUGGUGGCUACACUACUUGGCUUCUACCUGGCCCUCUUCUGCUUCGGCUGGUACGCCUUACACUUCCUGGUCCAGAGUGGCCUGACCUACAGUAUCAUGGUCUUUGCAGGGCUGGAGCACAUGCACAAGUUAUGCUUCAUAGUUGCUCUGGGUUACCUCAGCUUCUGUCAGAUAACCCGGGUCUAUGUCUUUGACUAUGGCAUGUACUCUGCAGACUUCACCGGGCCAAUGAUGGUCAUCACUCAGAAGAUCACCAGCUUGGCGUUUGAGAUACACGACGGCUUGGCGAGGAAGGAGGAACAGCUGACCCCCAGUCAGAGAUGCCUAGCUGUAAGGAAGAUGCCCAGUCUGCUGGAGUACCUGAGCUACAACUGUAACUUCAUGGGCAUCCUGGCCGGGCCCACCUGCUCCUACAACGACUACACGGCCUUCAUCGAGGGCACGGCCUACCAGCCUCGCCACCUGGAGGCCAACGGGACGGAGAACGGGAAGUACAAGCAUACGGAGCCCUCGCCCAAGAACAACGUGAUCUCCAAGCUGUGCACUUGUGCCAUCUCCCUGGCCGUCUUCCUGUCCGUGUCGAAGAUCUUUCCUGUGGAGCGCUCCAUCGACGACAAGUUCAUGACCUCUACCCCCUUCAUCCUCCAGGUCCUCUACCUGUACCUCUCCAUGCUGGCCACCCGGCCCAAGUACUACUUCAUUUGGACCCUGUCUGAUGCCAUCAACAACGCCGCAGGCUUCGGCUUCAAUGGCUACAACAAAGAUGGCACACCAAGAUGGGACCUGAUAUCCAAUUUGAGAAUACUGGACAUUGAGUUUGCCACCAGUUUCAAGAUGUUCCUCGACAACUGGAAUAUCCAGACGGCGCUUUGGCUCAAAAGGGUGUGUUAUGAGCGCUGUCCCAUCAACCCCACAGCGGCCACCUUCCUACUGUCGGCCAUGUGGCACGGAGUGUACCCCGGGUACUACCUCACCUUUCUCACAGGCAUUGGCAUGACCAUGGCAGCACGGACACUUAGACACAACAUCAAACCGUACUUCCUGGGUUCCACGACACACAAGAGCGUCUACGAUGUCAUCACGUGGGCAGGGACUCAGGUCGCCAUCUGCUACACGGUUGUGCCAUUCGUCCUAUUGGCCGUUGGGCCGUCACUCAAGUUCUACAGGUCAUGGUACUACUGCAUACACAUAGCAUGCCUGCUGCUGGUGUUAGCCCUUCCAGUGAAGCCAUGGCACCUCCGCGCCAAGGAGGAGCAACCGCAGCAGAACAGCCUACAGGGGGGGUUGACCGGAGACCACAACAGCCACUCCAUCACAGACAACAACUGCAACCAGAAACACAAAGCCACAUGAGACCCGGGAGGAAGCCCCUCCACCACUUAGAGCUCAAACAACCGGCACAGAGAGAACCAAACUCUGUGCGAACACUGAGACAAAGUGCAGCGAUUCUUUGAGACCACAAAGAACCAAAAAAUUGACAGGAACACCGGAAUAACAGACAAUAACAAACUCAGUUUAACAACAACCCAUCGAACCUUCCAGUAGCGAGGAACGACAGCAAACCAUGCUUUGGAGAAAUUAGAAGUAAAGAGAAGAAUGGAUACAGACAUAUCCGAGGGCCACUAAACGGCUAGGAUCUAACGAGUGAUGCUAAUGGUGCAAUGCUAAAUGACAGAAUGCAAAGCUGACUGAAGUUUCCUUACCUCUGUGUAUUGCUAACAAGUUAGCGGCUAGGCUUGGUGCAGAUUCUGCAGGGUGAGAAAGGUUGUGUGGAGGGGGAGAGCUUGUGGCAUUGGGAACGGAAGGAGUUGCAGUUGGAUCUCGAGUGUAGAGGGCGCUAUACAGGCUAGUCAGACAUGGGUAUCGAGAGGAUUUUUGUCAGGGUAGGAAAACGAUGUAACCUCUACUAGAAAAGAGAGAAAUAUGAAAGAAAUAACUUUUUUGUCAGAUGCCAACUUCAAGCAGGCCUUAGGAUCCUCUAAACAUUGUUUGAUUACUGUCACCUUUCUUUUUGUAGCUGCUGCUUUUUUUGGAAUGAUACUCGUUCUUUACAGAAGGUUCAUUCACGGUAAUUGAUUUGAAGGGCUUUUUUGACAGGGGGUUAAUUCUGUGUAGCUUCCUUGUUUUCCUACUGUGUCUGAUUACAAACUGUAGGUUUCCUCUCGGUUCAUAUGUCUUGCCUACUUCUGGAACAUCAGUUACAAGUUCAGUUCUGUUUAACUGGUUUGAAAUCCUCAUGUAGGCUUCUAGUUUUACUAUGAACUCAAGUGGAAAUCUCCAUCUAGAUUCGUUUUUUGAAUCCAUAGCCUCCAUGAAAUUGAACAUAACUGUGUUGUUUGUGACCUCAUCACUCGUGGACAGAAGCAAGAUUUUAGUUCUGGGUUAAACCAUGAUUAUUUGGAUAUACUGUAGGAUGUAACGUUUACUAUCACUAUACAAAUGGAGCUGAUUUUAGUUGAAUAUGAAUGACCUUUAGUAACACAGGUUGGGAAAAUAUGUAAUUGACAUUUAGGAAGCCUACUGUAUGUAACAUUUGUACGUGUGACAUAAUUGGAAAACAAAACAUAAUUCUUACGCUCCAAUCGUGAACCCUAACUUGUAUGCUCGCUUGUCUUGUGACCCUCUUUAAUAAACAAAACGACUAUUUCAA